GACGCAGGGAGCUGCGCUCCGAGAUGGAGGAGGAGGAGGAGGAGGAAGAGGAUGCAAGAAUUGCAAAAGAAAUAGAAAUUGAGUUGAGCAGAAUUAAUGUUUCCUCCCUUGAAGCAGAUGAUUCUGACACGGAUUUAUCAUCAGAAGCCUCUAGUGUUGGUGAGCAAGUUUCAGAUGAAUUACCAGAAUCAGUUCUCUACUGUUUAAAUGUUAUAAAGAGAAGUCGUCAAAAUUCUGAAAAGCUUAUAUUUCAAGACUUGGAAGAUGAAGAAGCUACAAGUGAUCUCUAUGGAGCAGCUUCUAAUUGUGCUGCAGAUUACUUGGCUGAGUUGGCUUCUGAGCAUAAUGAAGAUCCAGAAGCAUUAAAAAUAAAGGUAUUGUGUGAAAUAGAGAAUGAAGAAUUACAGGCAAUUCCAAACAUUAAUGUUCAGCCUACCAGUGAAGAUGUCCCUUGCAGUAUGAUCACUGAUAAACAUUCUUUUACAGAUGAUGGUGACAUGACCUUUAGCUUUACUUACCAUGAAGUGGAAAAAAAAUGUAGACAAGAAUUUGACCUUUGGGAAAAAAGACAAAAAGUGCUAGAAAAUGAAAAAAUGGAAAGGCUGAGAGCUGAAAAGGAAACAGAGGAAAAACAAAAUGAAGAAAAAAAUGAAAGGAGACAACGGUGCUUGGAGGAAUUUGCAUCUGAGAGGAUGAAGUUAGAGAUGCUUAAUAUGGAACAAGAAGCUAGGAUGGAAGCUGAGCUAUUGAAAGAAAAUGAAGUUUGGGGAGUGAAGUGUAGGCAACAUGAGGAAUUCAUCAAAAGAUUACAACUGCAAAUGGAAAAGGAGAAAAGUAUCUUUGAAGAGCAGCAAGCAAAAGAAAGACAGCACUUAGCAAAGCAGCAGCAUACAGCAGCUGUGAAAAUACAAGCCAAAAUGAGAGCAUUUUUAGCAUACAGAAAAUAUGCACCCAUCCUAAAAGAAAGGAAAGCAGAAAUUAAAAGGAGGAAGGAGCUUAAAGAAAAAAUGGAGAAGGAAGUGAAAGAAAAGGAAGACAAAUUACGACGGCAAAUGGAGGAAAGGAAGGGGGGAAAAGAGCAGGAGAGGAAGAGACAAGAAGAAAUAGAAAGACAAAACUUUAUGGAACAAGAGAAGAGGCGUGAAGAAUAUGAAAAAAAGAAAGUAAGUCUGAAGUUUGAAAGAGAAAAACAGCUUCAAUUAAGACAGCAAGAAUCAACAAAAUUGGAAGUGAGAAUAACCAGGGACAAGAUGGCUGAAAAUAGAGAAAAAGAUGCACACAAUAGAGGAGAGGAAAAAGAGAGAGAAGAUAUAAAAGAAAUAAGAGAAGAGGAAAAGGAUCAGAAAAAACAGAUACAGGAAAUAGUUGAAGAGGAAGAUAAAGCUACUAAAAAGAUGCAAGAAGUAAAUAAUAUGGAGAUUCCGAAAGAGAGAGAACUGACAUCACCGAAACCUGGGAGGAAAGAACAAUCUUCUGAAACAAAUAUUGAAGACUUAGAUGAGAAUUCAGUGGUACAUGUAGAAAAAAGUUACUCACAAACUAUAUAUAUUGAUAAAAAUAUAAAUGCAAAUACUUUGGAUUGUGAUCCUGUUGACCUUUCUGAUGUUAAUGUAAUAGGAAAUAAGGAAAACAGUAUACUCAGCAGUCAGUAUAAUGUGAAGUCUCAUCCAGACACUGAGAAAAUAGAACACAAAGUGCAGUCUUUUAAUUUUGAAGUAAUUAAAACAUCAGAAGAUGCAAUGGGAGAAAUGCAGGUGGAACUCAUUGAAAAUGUGGAUAAAAGUGAUAAGAGCACUGAGUAUUCUGAGAAGUCAUUAACAUUUUAUGAUGAUAUUGAAAAGAAGAGACUAACAUGGAUGAAGACAUGUAAACCGUGGUCUGAAAUUUGUAGGGAAAACCAGAAAAAGAAAGAAGUUAAAAUAAGCCGGCCAAGAAAAAGCACAGCUAAUUCAAUGCCUCCAUUAAGUAUAGAAAUGAUCAUUCAGAGUGGUCCUUGGAGUGCACUCCAACAGGUCACGACACUUACGCUUCAAGAUUUGCCUGGGUGUAGCCUCUCUACGUUGUCAGAAUGCACAAAUCUUCAGUUAUUGACCCUUAGGCGAUGUGGGAUAACUGCACUGGAAGGACUAAGUAACUGCAAAGACCUCAAGUAUAUUAAUGUGGAGGAAAAUAAUAUUCAAACAAUAAAUUGUGAGAAACUGGAAAAUCUCUGCAUUCUAAAUCUGAAUAAAAAUCAGCUUUCGUCAGUUUGUGGCCUAGAUGGCUGCCAUAAUCUCCGAAAUCUUGAAUUUUCCUACAAUAGAAUUACACGAAUUGGUGGCUUAGAGUCAUUGAAAAAUCUUCAGCAACUCAUUGUGGAUCACAAUCAGAUAAUCAGCACAAAAGGUCUUUGCGAUGCACCUACACUGAUGCACAUUGACUGCUCUUUUAAUCAUCUUACUCAUCUUGCGGGCAUUGAGAAUUGUGCCAUGCUACAAAUUCUGAAGUUACAGGGCAAUAACUUAAGUGAGUUCCCAAGGUUGGAAAAUCACGUUCUGCUAAGAGAGCUGUGCUUGGAUGACAAUAGUAUCUUAACUAUGGAAGGAUUUUCUUUGUGUUGGCUGCCUUUGCUUCAGUUCCUCUCUCUCUCACAAAACAGUUUGACGGAACUUACACCCCUAUUUUCAUGCAUCUCUUUGGAGAAGCUAGAUAUCAGCAACAACUACUUGUCAGACCUUAGUAGUGUUAGCACAUGGUUUAAUGGAUGCCAUGAACUAACUGAAUUAACACUCAAUGGAAAUCCACUUCUCCAAGAAAAAAACUGGAGGUGUUCCAUACUUAAAAUACUUCCUAAUUUGCGAUUUCUUAAUGGUGAAACCCUAAAUUCUGAUAUGCAGCUCACAACUGAAAGAAUUAAGGAGUCAAAAUCACAAAGUUUUCUGGCAUUUUGUCAAGCCCAGAUUCAAGAAAUUGGUGUAUUAAAAAAGAAGUCCACUGCAUUAGGAAAUGCCUUUUCCUUUGAUGCUGCACAAAACCAAUGUUGGUAUUUUGAGGAACUCAUGAAAGUCAGUAAUGAACACCGUUAUGCACAUGAAUAUGGAGACUUCAACAUCACUGACAGAGAUGAACCAGAAGCACUGCAAAAUCAUUUAAAGGAAACAGUCACCAACAGGCUGCAGCAAAAUAACCUCUUUAUCACUGGUGCAAAGGAAAAUAAGCAGGGCUCGUUGGAUCCUUCUGAAAGAUGGAUUACUUCUGGCUACAUUCAGUCCAUUAACUCUUCAGUAUCUUUAUACCAAAAGGAAAGCAAUGAAGAGCUCAGAAUAGAACAGAAGAGUACUGAAUUUUGCCACAGUCCCAAUAGUGAAGGUGAAGAUCCCAGUAAAAUAACUGUCCAUACUAAAAGAAACACAUUCAGAGAGCCAGUUAUGGCAUGCAAAAAGGGAAGAAUUCUUCAGUGUUUUGAGCAUGAUGGACAAAACUUGGCAGCUACAAUAAUUCAGUCAUAUUGGCGAGGUUAUGUAAUUCGCAGAGAUAUUCAUUUCUACACUAGACUACAUAUAGCAGCAACAGUGAUUCAGUCUAUUUGGCGGAGGUACCAAACCAGGAGAAAAACUUCCCUCCACAAAAAAAAAUGUAAUCAAGUCUCAUACACAACAGAACAAAAGAAUAGAGCUGCCACUCUUAUUCAGGCAUUUUGGAAGGGUUUCCUUCUGAGGAAGAAACUGGCCAGUGCUCUUGCUGCUGUUAAAAGUGCUGAAGUGGAGGAUGACUAUGAAGAAGUAAAUGUGGAUGAUUUUACAUUUGAUGAAGUAAGCGUCAUUGUUAAUAUAAAACUUUC